GGGGCUCCAACACAUUUCGGUUGGGGGCAAUUUCAAUUGAAUCCAACGCACCCGAAUUCAAGACGAAUUCAAGAUGGAGCUCCAUAAUUCCAGUCCCCUCGCCACGUCUCUCUCUCUCUCUCUCUCUCUCUCUCUCUCUCUCUCUCUCUCUUCAUGGAGCCAUCGGAGAUAGAAUCCAUCAAGGCAGCAUCCAUUGAGGUUUCUCGUCAGUUCAAAACCUUAAUCAACGCCGAGGAUCUUGAAUCUCUCAAGCAGUUGCAGCAUCUCAUAUUGGGAAGGUUGCAGGAUGGUAAUGCUGUCUUAUCACACUUUAACGAGUACUCAGAGCAUUGUUUUGCAGAGGUUUCCAAUGAUUUCUCAAGAAAUACCCGUCUCUUAAAGUCGAUGAAAUCAGACCUAGACUACAUAUUUCAAAAGCUGAGGAGCAUGAAAGCAAAAGUUAUAGCAACCUAUCCAGAUGCGUUUCCAGAUGGUUCAACAAGAGAAGUGCUAGACCAAAGACCAGACCUGGAAAUGCCUCAGUAAUGCUAAUGCUAAGAGUUGCAGGAAUGUGAUCGUAACAUUCCUGGAUGGAGAUGAGGAAGAAUUCAAUGGCAAGUUUUGGACCACUCUCUCUUUCUACUCUUGCCUCUCAUGUCUGCCAGUAAAUUGUAUCAAUUGUUUAUGACAUGUAUUCAUUAUUCACCGAACAAAUUUUAUUUGGAGAGAUCUUCAUGGUAAAAUGAGUAAUUGAGAAGUGUAAACAUGGUUAUUUUGCUGUGUUGGAACUA